UUUUUCCGCAGGGAUCCCUUCCGGUUUAUUGUGAGUGUGGUCCAGUUCUUCGGUUUUGUUUUUCUUCCCCUUUUUCCAUCUUGAACCUCGGGGAGAAGAGGAAAAUGGCUGAGAGUGAGGAAACUGUGAUGGAAGAAGUGGUGAGCGAAGCAUGGACCAUAAGUCCCGUGGACUUGAUUGUGCUUGGUGCUCUGCUCUGGUUCGGUACCUACUGGAUGUUCUUCAGGAAGAAGAAGGAGGAACCUUUCAAGUACCCAAUCAACCCAACUGUGAUUCCUACAAGAACUGACGAUGGAAGUUUCGUGACGAAGAUGAAGAACACGGGACGUGCAAUGGUGAUUUUUUAUGGCUCGCAAACCGGAACUGCGGAAGAAUUUGCAAACCGACUCGCCAAAGAAUCACAUCGUUACGGAAUCAAGGCCAUGGUUUGCGAUCCAGAAGAAUGCGAAAUGGAGGAAUUGACGCAGCUGAGCUCGAUUGAUAACUCAAUUGCAGUAUUUUGCAUGGCUACUUACGGAGAAGGCGACCCAACGGACAACGCGCAAGAAUUUUACGACUGGCUCCAAGGCGGCGGUUCUGAGCUAAACGGGCUCAAUUUUGCUGUUUUUGGACUCGGAAACAAAACUUACGAACACUACAAUGCUACCGGGAUUGAAAUAGACAAGAAGCUGGAAGACCUUGGCGGGAAUCGAAUUUAUGAUCUUGGACUUGGGGAUGACGAUGCGAACAUGGAAGAAGAUUUCAUUACGUGGAAGGAGAAGUUCUGGGAAGCCCUGUGCGAGAAAUUCGGUCUGGAAGCCAGUGCUGAGGACUUGAGCAUUCGCCAGUUCAGACUGGUGUUGCCCACUGAUGUGCCGAAGGAGAAAAUCUACUCUGGGGAAGUGGCGAGAAUCCGUUCAUACGUCACACAGCGACCGCCAUUUGAUGCAAAGAACCCGUUCUUAGCGACAAUUGUGGCUCACCGAGAGAUCCACAAGAAUGGCGACCGGAACUGCAUGCAUCUGGAAUUUGACAUAACCGGAUCGAGGAUCCGUUAUGAAUCUGGAGACCACGUCGCCAUCUACCCGACGAAUGAGGAAGUUCUGAUCGAACGGCUUUACGCUUUAUCUGAUGGUAAACACGACUUGGACACCGUUUUUACCCUGACUGCGAUCGAAGGUGAGUCGAGUCCUUUUUUUGUUGUUUCUCUCAAUAAAUACCGUACUAUUUUCAAGCACGUGAAGACAUGGACUUAUAAAGGGUUCAACAUGAAAUUUAAAAUUUUUUUUCUAUUUCCCUCGAUUUUUUCAGAGGAUUCGAAUAAGAAAUUUCCUUUCCCGUGUCCGUGCACUUUCCGCACUGCCCUGCGUCACUACGUGGACAUCACCAGUUUGCCCAGGACCCACGUGCUGAAGGAACUCUCCGAGUAUUGCACUGAUGAGGCGGACAAGGCCAAGCUCAAGUUGAUUGGCCAGCCCAGCGUCGAAGGGAAGGAGUUGUACAACAAAUGGAUUGUCAAUGACUGCAGGAACAUUGUUCACGUGUUGGAGGAUGUGCCUUCGUGUCGUCCGGCCUUGGAUCAUUUGUGCGAAUUGUUGCCCAGGCUCCAGCCCCGCUAUUAUUCCAUUUCUUCCUCGCCCAAGGUUCGUCUAUGUUUUGUUNGGAUUGUCAAUGACUGCAGGAACAUUGUUCACGUGUUGGAGGAUGUGCCUUCGUGUCGUCCGGCCUUGGAUCAUUUGUGCGAAUUGUUGCCCAGGCUCCAGCCCCGCUAUUAUUCCAUUUCUUCCUCGCCCAAGGUAUACCAGACAACUGUGCAUGUGACAGCAGUGCUUGUGAGGUACGAAACCCCGACUUCAAGGCUGGUGAAUGGCGUCGCAACCAACUGGCUCCUCGAAAAGAAGCAGACGGUGUCCAAGUAUAUCGAGUCAGAGCCGAAAGAAGAUGCGGACGCAAUCAAGGUUCCGGUGUUCGUGCGCAAAAGUCAGUUCCGGCUUCCGUCCAGAACCAGUACUCCGAUCAUCAUGAUUGGGCCCGGAACUGGCAUUGCACCUUUCCGCGGGUUCCUGCAGGAAAGAUGGUUUUACAAGAAAGAAGGUAAACCAGUUGGGCCCAACCUGCUGUACUUUGGAUGUAGAAAAAAGUCUGAGGACUUCCUUUAUGAAGACGAACUCACUGAGAUGAAGGAAGACGGCAUCUUGGAACUAUACUGUGCCUUUUCUCGCGAUCAGGAAAAGAAGGUUUAUGUGCAGCAUUUGCUGUUGGAUUCUGGGGAACGGGUCUGGAGCCUUUUGAAAGAAGAGGAUUCGAACAAGAAAUUUCCUUUCCCGUGUCCGUGCACUUUCCGCACUGCCCUGCGUCACUACGUGGACAUCACCAGUCUGCCCAGGACCCACGUGCUGAAGGAACUCUCCGAGUAUUGCACUGAUGAGGCGGACAAGGCCAAGCUCAAGUUGAUUGGCCAGCCCAGCGUCGAAGGGAAGGAGUUGUACAACAAAUGGAUUGUCAAUGACUGCAGGAACAUUGUUCACGUGUUGGAGGAUGUGCCUUCGUGUCGUCCGGCCUUGGAUCAUUUGUGCGAAUUGUUGCCCAGGCUCCAGCCCCGCUAUUAUUCCAUUUCUUCCUCGCCCAAGGUAUAUCAGACAACUGUGCAUGUGACAGCAGUGCUUGUGAGGUACGAAACCCCGACUUCAAGGCUGGUGAACGGCGUCGCAACCAACUGGCUCCUGGAAAAGAAGCAGACGGUGUCCAAGUAUAUCGAGUCAGAGCCGAAAGAAGAUGCGGACGCAAUCAAGGUUCCGGUGUUCGUACGCAAAAGUCAGUUCCGGCUUCCGUCCAGAACCAGUACUCCGAUCAUCAUGAUUGGGCCCGGAACUGGCAUUGCACCUUUCCGCGGGUUCCUUCAGGAAAGAUGGUUUUACAAGAAAGAAGGUAAACCAGUUGGGCCCAACCUGCUGUACUUCGGAUGUAGAAAAAAGUCUGAGGACUUCCUUUAUGAAGACGAACUCACUGAGAUGAAGGAAGACGGUAUCUUGGAACUAUACUGUGCCUUUUCUCGCGAUCAGGAAAAGAAGGUUUAUGUGCAGCAUUUGCUGUUGGAUUCUGGGGAACGGGUCUGGAGCCUUUUGAAAGAAGGUGCUCAUCUUUACGUCUGCGGGGAUGCCAAGAACAUGGCGAGAGAUGUUCAUUCUGCAGUUUUGAAAAUUUGCCAAGAUCAUGGCUCAAUGACGCCAGAAGAAGCAGCUGCGUUUGUCAAAACCAUGGAGUCACAAAGAAAGUAUUCUUCUGACGUCUGGAGCUGAGAAUGUUUUCAUUUCUUACAAUGUCUGUCCUUUUUCUUUGUCCAUUACUCUUCUUCUCAACAAUUAAUUCCUUGUUUGAAGAGGAAGCUAGUGUUGGUACAAUGAGUGAGUUCAGAUGAGCCGGAAUAGCAAACGAAAGCCAGUACACAAAUUCAUCCCACCAUCCAAGUCUUUUUGUUUUUAAUUGCGUGACUUCUUUCCCGGCUCAUUUGAAUGUACACUGUAGUUUCUGUGAAAAAUUUCCUCAGGUUGACAAAUGAGAAAGAAAGAUUAACUGUGACAAUUUGAAGUACUUGUGUGGAAGGCUGUUGUGUUCAAGAUCGGGGUUUCUUGCACAAAAAUGAAACCUUGGAACUC